GCUCUUUCCUCCGCGCCGCUGAUGCUACUGCAGGACUGUGCGCGCAGACGGUGAAGCGCGCGCGGCAGUGAGAGGACUCGGCAGCAGGGGGACCUCCUACCCACCGCAACCAGGGCUUUAAUUCCGUUCUCUGCAAGACCCCAACGGAGUCCACCGCUGAGAUCCACACAACCCGCACGGUUACGGAUUAAAUGCAUUUAACAAUCUGUUUCCCCGAGAAAACUGUGUUUAUCUGCGCCGUAAAACUCUCAAGUGAGACAGACAUCCUGCAUGGAGGAAAUGAGGAAAGAAUUACACACAGGGAGGAAAAGGAUGAGUAAAAAAGGAGUGUAAAUCAGUAGGCUCAGUGUGUGCGGAUGAGGCUGUGAGAGGGUGAGCGUAUCAGGAUGACGAUGAAAGGCUUGUCCUCCAGCCGCAGCCACCACCACACACUCACACACUGUGAUCAGUCCUACGAUUCUUUGACCCUUUGCCACGACCGACGACCUUAUGUCCUCAACCCCAACCACCCGAGUGACCAUGGCUUCUAUGGAUGCCAGUCGGAUCUGGCCAGCAGCACAUUUCCACGCAGACAUCAUGGCUCGCAUCAUGAGCUUAAGGACGAACGUGCCAUAGUGCCCUAUGUGGGACCAGGGGGUGUAGCAGGGGGUGGGUGUGGCCCAUGCAACUCCACUGCCAUCUCCGCGUCACUGCUGGAGAAAUUCGACCAGCAACAACCAAUGAGGAAGGACGGGUAUCACACAUUGCAAUACAAACGAACAGCUGCAUUGGAGCACCAGCGCAGUGACAGUCCUGGGCGCAUUCGCCAUCUUGUACACUCCGUCCAAAAACUGUUCACUAAGUCUCAUUCCCUGGAAGGUCCCGGCCAGCGCAGCCUCAACGGAAAUGACCCCACCAUUCCAGCCGACGCAAUGGCUACGGCUGCAUCCCACCCAAACGUUUCCACCACAACCAUAGGAACCCUACAUAAGUCGUCAAGCAACAAACGGGGGAAGAACAAGGAACGCAGUCGCUCUGAACCCAAACCUCGUGCACGGACACCGGGGUCGGGUUACUGGAGCUCCGAUGACACUCUAGACAGAGAGAUCUGCCUUUAUCACCAGCAUCAACCUUCUGGAGUCAUGACAAUGGGCCGCCAUCCGGACAAAUCCCAGUCCCACUACUUUCUGGGACAAAGCUACAACACACUUGGAGGGGGACGCUCAUCCCUGAAGACCUCACGCAGCAACAAUGACGUCGGAAGUUGCUCGACAUGCUCCAACCCUACAGCGGGUGCUCUGACUUUCGGAGGCUCCACGACAGUGGACCAGGCUGGACCGCUCGUCAAGAAGAGCUCCUGGUCCAGCACACUAACGGUGAGCAGGGCCCGAGAGGUGUACCAGAAGGCCACAGUCAAUAUCGAUAAGGCUCUAGUCAAAGCACAGACCUGCCAGCAGGGACGGACCUGCCAGUUUUUACAGGUUCCUCAGGAUGAGUGGGGAGGCUUCUCCUCUGUGGGUCAGGAUGAUGAGAUCCCUUGCCGGCGGAUGAGGAGCGGCAGCUACAUCAAGGCAAUGGCCGAGGAAGACAGUGGAGACUCCGACUGUAGCCCUAAACCUUCACCCAAAGUCCAGGCACGGAGAGCGAGCUACCUGAAAGCCACCCAGCCUUCCCUUACUGAGAUGACCACACUCAAGAUCAGUGCGGAGUCGCAUUCCCCCAAGCUGCAGAUUCGGAGUCACAGUUACCUGCGAGCGGUGAGUGAGGUUUCAAUCAACCGCAGUUUGGACAGUCUGGACCCGGCCACUCUGCUGGCUUCACCCAAAUUUCGCUCCCGAAAUGAGAGCUACAUGAGGGCCAUGAGCACCAUAAGUCAGGUGAGUGAGGUGGAGGUGAACGGGCAGAUCGAGGCCGUGUGUGAGAGUGUUUUCAGUGAGAUGGAGUCUCAGGCUGUAGAUGCUCUGGAUCUGCCAGGCUCCGGAUGUUUCCGCAUGAGGAGCCACAGUUAUGUGCGGGCCAUCGAGAAAGGCUGCUCGCAGGAGGAGGAGGAGGAGAGAGCGACACGUCAGGCCAUUUUACCUCCGCGGACUACAACUACUGUCAGAACCAUACAGAGCAGCACAGUAUCAUCAUGUAUAACCACCUACAAGAAAACCCCGCCCCCCGUCCCGCCCAGGUCAACGCCCACCAGACCCUACAUCUCUAUAACAGCCCAGAGCAGCACAGAAUCAGCCCAGGAUGCCUACAAUGAGCUGACCGGUGCUGGGCCUGCUAACCGGGCCUUGGCAGCCGUUCAGUCUGGUCUCAGCAACUCCACAGAGAGCAUCGAUAGCAUGAAGGCCCUGACGGCAGCCAUCGAGGCAGCAAAUGCUCAAGUCCACGGGCCGGCCAGCCAGCAUGUGACCAACAGCACCAUCACCAUCACCACAGCCACCGCCACCUCUAGUGUAACGCAUAUCUCAGAGGACGCUAAGAGAGACGCCCUCAGGAAGAGCCUGUCCAUAGGGAUUCAGGUGGACGGUCCAGAGGAACCCAACCAAUCAGAAGUGCACUGUAAGUUUCAGUCGGUCGGCAUUCAAGUAGAGGAAGAGAGAAGCUACCGUAGAGUCACACGCUCCAACAGCGUCACCACUGCCGUUCAAGCUGAUCUUGACCUUCUGGAGGGUCUUGCCGAUGACCAGUUAAAACAAUCCCACCAGGGCCCCAUUGUCCACCAGUCAUCCCGAGACGCGGCCACUUCCACCGUCAGCAUUCAGGGAUCAGGGAACCACUACCAUGCCUGUGUCCAGGAUGAGUACAGUGACAUGGACUUCGACCCCUCCAUACUGCCCCCACCAGACCCCUGGAUGGAUGGAGCCACGGAGGAGGAAUAUGCAGGUGGACUGUCGGGCUCUGUGUGUCUGCAGGAUGGACACUGGUUUCUGAAGCUGCUGCAGGCAGAGGUGGAGAGGAUGGAGGGCUGGUGCAUGCAGAUGGAGCAGGAUGAGCGAGAGAACGAGCUACCGGAAGACAUCCUUGGAAAGAUUCGCAGUGCGGUGGGCAGUGCACAAUUGCUGAUGGCGCAGAAAUUUCAGCAGUUCCGGGAUCUUUGUGAAGAAAACUUGAAUCCCAAUGCCCACCCGCGGCCCAUGUCUCAGGAUCUGGCAGGAUUCUGGGAUAUGCUGCAGCUGUCCAUUGAGAACAUCAGUCUGAAGUUUGACGAGCUCCACCAGCUGAAAGCUAACAACUGGAGAGCGCUGGAUCCUUCUGAGAGGAAGGAGAGGCGCGUGCCCCCUCCGGUACCCAGGAAGCCGGGGAAGGGUCCCAUGCUGCUAGUGAGAGAUCGGUCUCUGGAAGGUUCCCAGCGAACGGAGGCUCGAAAGCGGUUGUUAGCGGCAAAACGUGCUGCAGCUUCUCAGCGCCAGAACUCUGCUACAGAAUGCGCCGACAGCAUCGAAAUAUACAUCCCAGAGGCCCAAACACGACUAUAAACACGGUCACUGUAAAACAACCAGGUGCUUAGAGGCCUAAACAGACACAAAAACACACUCAUCUUCAACCAUAACACAAUAGCACUGAAUGACAAAGGCAGGGUAGCUGUAACAUAAUCACUCCUCUUUUCUUGUGUAAAAGAGAGUUUCUUCACUGUGGGCUUCUACUGUAUGUAUUUAUGACUUAAAGGGAUAGUUCACCUAAAA